AUGGCUUCGGCGGUAACCAAGGCCGCCCUCUUCCCGCCUCUGCGACGAGCUCUCGUCCAGUCGCGCGGUUUCCAGACCAGCACCAAGAGCCUACUGCCCUCGGCUUUCGGCGUUGGCUCCAGCAUUCCCCCGUCCUACUUCCAGAAGGCGUCGCUCCCCGCCAACACCAUCAUCCGCUUCGUUCCGCAGCAGACAGCAUGGAUUGUCGAGCGCAUGGGCAAGUUCAAUCGCAUUCUCGAACCCGGUCUGGCCAUCCUGGUUCCCUUCAUCGACCGCAUCUCCUACGUCAAGUCGCUCAAGGAAAACGCCCUCGAGAUCCCCAGUCAGAGCGCCAUCACGGCCGACAACGUCACCCUUGAGCUCGACGGUGUCCUGUACACCAGAGUUUUCGAUGCCUACAAGGCCAGCUACGGAGUCGAAGAUGCCGAAUACGCCAUCUCGCAACUGGCGCAAACCACGAUGCGAUCCGAGAUCGGCCAGCUGACCCUCGACCACGUCCUCAAGGAGCGCGCAGCUCUCAACACCAACAUCACCGCCGCCAUCAACGAGGCUGCACAAGCCUGGGGUGUUACCUGCCUGCGUUACGAGAUCCGGGAUAUCCACGCGCCUGCCGGCGUCGUCGAGGCCAUGCACCGCCAGGUCACCGCUGAGCGCUCCAAGCGAGCCGAGAUUCUCGACUCCGAGGGUCAGCGGCAGUCGGCCAUCAACAUCGCCGAGGGUAAGAAGCAGAGCGUCAUUCUCGCUUCCGAGGCCAUGCGUUCCGAGCAGAUCAACCGAGCGUCCGGUGAAGCUGAGGCUAUUCUCAUGAAGGCCAAGGCUACAGCGGCCGGAAUCGACGCCAUCGCCAAGAGCAUCGCCAACGGCGAGGAGGCGGCACAGGGCGCCGUCAGCUUGUCCGUCGCCGAGAAGUACGUCGACGCAUUUGCCAAGCUGGCCAAGGAGAGUACGGCGGUCGUUGUCCCCGGAAACGUUGGCGACAUUGGAGGCAUGAUUGCGACAGGCCUGAGCGUCUACGGCAAGGUGGGCGAGGCGCAGGCCAGGACAAUGGCAAAGCAGAUUGCCAAGGGCUCGGAAGGGGAGCCCACUGACGAUGCGCCCAAGGGGCCCAAGGAGCUGAAGGAGUCGGUGCUUGAGAGCUUCGACGAGGCUGCGGGCAACAAGUAA